AUGGAAACAUAUGAUAUGCGAACAAUGUUUACACUUAAUAUGGAAGGGCUUCAACUUAGACAUUACCAAUUCUCAGCUCUUCUCUCGCAAAUUCUUCCUGAUAUUCAUGCUCAUUUCCUUGAAUAUGGGGUUAAUGUAGCAAUGUUUGCUUCUCAAUGGUUCUUAUCCCUUUUUGCCUACACAUAUCCCUUACCACUUGUCUUAAGGAUCUAUGAUAUCGUGUUUGCUGAAGGUGCUCCAGAAACAAUCAUGCGUGUUGCCGUUGCUCUUUUACAAAAGAAUGAAGCUAAAUUACUUGAACUUGAAGAAUUUGAAGAUUUAUUAGAUUUUCUUACUACAAGCCUUUACGAUUCUUAUAAUAAUGAACCUACUGGCUUAAUACGUGAUGCUAUGGCUUUAAGUUCUGUAAUUACAAAAGCAAAAUUGGAUCAACUCUCCGAGAUUUAUGUUAAAGAAUUGGAAGAUCAAAAGAAGAGAGCUGAUGAAUUAGUUGCCGUUAGGUUCAAUGGAAGAUUUGGUAGAAAUAAAAAAGAAAAGAAAAGUCGUGAGAAACGUGAUAAACCUAAACGUUGGUCUUUCGGUUCCCUUCCAAGUUCAAAGGAUUCUUCAAAAGAUUCUUCUAGUACUGCUAGUGAGUCUACUUCGGAAAAUGAAUCCUCUCAACUCCAAACUCCAACUCCUCUUUCUCCAACUAGCACAAACGUUGGUAUUUUACAUCAACAAAUAGAAGAUCUCGUAGCUGCUCUAUCUCAUCUUCAAAAGGAACAUGUAGAUAUUACCGAACAAUUAGUGACUAUUAAAAUGGAAAAGAUGGACUUUAUAACAGAAAUUGAAACAUUAAAAUCGAAAUUAAGAGGUUUAGAAAAAGAAAAUAAAAGAAUGUCAACUGAUUCAAUAUAUUCUAUUGAAUCUGCAACUACUUUAAAUGAUGAAAAUUCUUCUGGUCGAACCACCAGAAUUUCUUCACCGGUAACUCCAACUUUAUCGAAAACUGAACUUUUUAUCAAACAACGUGAUACUUUAAAUUCAAAAAUUUCACAAACAAAACAUCUAUCCGAAUUAACGCCUGAUCAAAAAUCGUCUUUAAAUAAUAAUGAUAUUGAUAAUUGGUCGAAUGAAUUUAAAAAAGGUUUUGUGAAUAAUGAUGUCACAAUAACUGAAGAACUUGACCGAGUAAAGGAAGAAAAAUGGGAAUUAAUUCAAGAAAAUAUAGAAUUGGUUAAACGUGUUGAGGAAUUAGAAGUUGCGAUGGAAAAUUCUACAUUGACACAAAGUCAAUUAUUAGAUAAAAAUAUCUUUUUAAGAGAAGAAAUAGAACGACUUGACGAAGAAGCUACACAAGCAUUAUAUGAACAAAGUACGAUGGAAAAUGAUGUAAAAGAGGUGAAAAAUCUAAGAUCUGAAAAUGCAAAACUUAUUACUGAAAAUGAAAGACUCAAAAAAGAACUUGAAGCUUUAAGACAAGGAACUAAUUCCAGUGAAAAGGGUGAAACUCGUGAAAUUAAUUCAAAUGAAAAGAGUGAAUCCCGUGAAAUUCGUGACAUCCGUGAAAUUACUACUAAACUUGCAAAUACAAGACGUGUUUCGUUCUUGAGUUUCUUUGGUACUGAUUCAAGUUCUAAACAUAAUUCAAAGAGAAGGAACACUGAUCCAUUUGCAGAUUUACAAAUUUCAGAAUGUAUUGGUGAUUGUGCCUCGAAAAAACGUGCAGAUAACGCGGAACAAAUGUUAAAUCAUGUUAAAACUUUACUUGAACAAAGUGAAUCGGCUAGGGAAGCUAUGACCGUACAAUUAGAAGAAUUAAAUAACUUGAUAAAUGGUUUCAGUGAUAUUUCAGAUCUUGUAGCUUUUGAACCUGAGGAAAUAGAUUCCAAACCAAACCGUGCAAAACGAUUUUCGACAUUAUCAUUAGCAUCUUUUUUUGGUAACGCAUCAUAA